AUGGCAGAAGACGAAAUGCUUGAAGUACCUCGUGGUUUAAUCAAUUCAGGGAAUCUGUGCUUUCUCAAUGCAACGCUACAGGCUCUUCUAUCCUGUUCUCCUUUUAUUCAGCUUCUGCAGGAAUUGAGAACUCGCAAAGUGCCUAAGGUUGGCUAUCCAACAUUGGGUGCAUUUGCCGAGUUCAUCUCUGAAUUUGACAUGCCUAGUGGUCCAAGUUCAAAGAACAAAGAUGCAGGUGUUCUUGAGACUGGUAGGCCUUUUAGCCCUGCCAUGUUUGAAGGCGUUCUUAAAAAUUUUACUCCAGAUGUACGAACUAGCAUCUCGGGCAGGCCAAGACAAGAAGAUGCUCAGGAGUUCCUUAGCUUCAUUAUGGAUCAGAUGCAUGAUGAAUUACUUAAGCUUGAAGGACAGCCCUCGAGUAUUAAUGCUCAAAUCAUCUCUAGUGCAGAAGAAGAUGAAUGGGAGACGGUUGGCCUUAAGAAUACAUCUGCAGUAACCAGGACACAGAGUUUUGUUCCUUCAGAAUUAAGCGAUAUUUUUGGAGGACAAUUGAUCUUGAUCUUGGGAAAGCAACUAUGA